AGGUGACUGUAGUGUCUUAGAUUUUAAGCAAGAGGUUAAUAGUCUUUGUGAAAGAUAUUGGCCAACUUCGUCCUCUAUCACUAAGGAAUCUGUUAGGGAAUGUUUUACCACCAAGAGGUGGGGUGAUUCUGAUGAGGAUGCUGUGAAGUUGGCAGUUUUGUAUUUCGUGGAGUGGUUCUUGCUUAGUGGCACUAAGCAUAAAAAUGUACCCAAGUCUAUUUUAGAUGUUGUAGAUAGUGGGAGGUACAAUGAAUUUGCUUGGGGCCGGAGUUCUUUUGAAUUGACUAUUUCCUCAUUGAAGGGUAAGCUUGAUAGUUGGGUUGAGGGGGUUAGGAAGGCAAAGAGUUCGGGAAAGAGGCCGAGUGUUUUUUACACUUUGAUUGGUUGUCCUCAUGUUCUUCAAGUUUGGUUCUACGAGUGUUGUAAGUACAUGAAAGGUAAGUACUGCCAAAAGGAAAGCUCUCGUAUUCCAAGGAUCACUCAGUGGACAUGCAAUAGUCAACCUACUUUCAAAGUUUUGAAGACUACUAUCUUUGAUGUUUCCAAAGAUAAGCUGCAACUUUCAAAUAUGAGGCCCACGGCUGGUGAGUUCAAAGCUUUGAAACUGAGCAGUUUCAAGUUCGACACCGACUUCAACUCUUACAAGAGUCUUCCUGUCCCCGAAGAGCCAACUGUUGCUCAGAGUGACAUUUCUGUCAAGCUUGAGGCCUUUUCUGAGAAAUUUCAUGGGUUGGAGGUCAAGAUCGAUUCGUUGCAUACUUCCCAACAGAAGAUUUCAUCUGAUUUGGUUGAGUUGAAAGAGUUUGUGUCUGCACAGUUUGUUUCUUUUGGUGCUCAGAUGGCUUCAAUGCAGACACAGUUUUCUACUGUUUUUGCCGAUUCCUAUGCCAAGGAAAAAGGCAGUGACUCUUCCAAUGAUGAUGAUGGAGGUGGUGAUGAAGCAGAUUUUGAUUUAAAUGAAUCUGAAGAAACUGAUGAAAAUGAAGAAGAGAAUGUUAUGGGUGAUGACGAAGGGGAGGGUAGUGAAGGUGAAGAGAAGGAUGAUCAAGCCGAUGAAGAUUCUGACUCAAAAGAAAAAAAUGAUAAUGGCAGUGAUGAUGAUGCCACUGAUAGUGAGGAGAAGAAUUUCGUUGAUUUCAAUGACGGCCCUACUCAAAUAGAUGUUGAGGCUACUGUUCAGUCCGGGGUAAAAGCAGUUGAGCUUAUGAUGUCUUCAGAUGGAAUUGGUGGUGAUCCUUGUAAACAGAUUUCAGUUUCUGAAAAUGUUGAGGUUACGGAUCGUCGUCUUGUUUGUUUUGAGAUGGGUGCAACAGGUCUCAAUGUUGAUUCUAACAUUGAACUUGAAGAUGACCCAAUUCCCGUUGAAGAAACUCCUCUUGUUGACAAGAGGAAAUCUAAGAAACCCAUAGCGCUGACGUCUCCGUUUAUGGAGUAUGACUCUUCCAUUUCUAGUUCUAAAGAUGGUUCUGGUUAUGGAGUUGUUAAGUAUGUGGCUGGGUUGUGUCCUCUCGAUGAUAAGAUUGGUGAAGAUGUAGAACAUAAAGACGAGAUUGAUUUUGACUUGUGGCUUGGUGAAGGACGCCGAUCGAAGAAAGAUCCGCAUGAUAAGGAGAAGGUUUACUUGAAGGGUAAGGAUAAGAUUGUUCCCCCUUUUCGUUUUGGCGUGGAAGAUGUUGCAACCAAGAUGUGGUUCCACAAGCUUGCAUAUCCUGGCCAAUGUUUGACUAAUUCUCAUCUGGACAUCAUUUUUUACUAUCUACGUAAAAAAGGAAAGUAUGCAAAGGAGCCAAAGGUUAAGUUCACAACCACCGAUUGCUUAUUCUUCAAAACCAUUCAUGCUUUGUAUGAAAAAUUUAUUAGGUAG